UACAUAUGGCAACAUGUGUUGCAAAAAGAAUUGACAAUGUUUGGGCAGUUCCUGCUAAUUUUAAUAAUGUGCCUAUUUUCAAUCCAAAUAAUAUUGACUAUUCAUUAAUAAACUCAAAACUUAUUAAUGAUUAUAAAGGAAUCUUUGAUAUAAGUUAUAAUAAUAUAAAAAUACAAUGGGUUAAAGAUAGAAUUAUUGAUGGUAGAAAUUUUGAUUGUGUUGAAGUUUUAACUAUUCAUAUAUAUAAUGCAGAUACUGAAGAAAAAAAAGAAGAAAG